UUUCUUCGUCUUCGUACUUCCCAUUCCACUCGUCCUGUUGCCUCUCUACAAAUCACCUCUCAUUUUAAAUCCAUCUCUGAAACUUCUUGUCGUUUAAAGUUCAGACUCCUCUUCUGACUUCUCUUCUCUAGAAAUUUAGGUGUUCACUGGAUUAUAGCAGUGUCAGGGGAUUGAGUUUCCAGCCGUUCAAUUUAAGUUUAGGGUCCGUUAAUUUUUUUUUAUGGAAUUUGAAUGUCAAGACAUUGUUGGGGUUUCUGAGAAAUUGGCUUUCUGCUUAGUAAAUUCUUGUGAAGAACAACAGAUUGAUCCGAAUCAGGUUGAUUCCAAAACCAAAACUGAAAAAGCCGCAAGUUCGAAGCCGGAGUUAAAAUUUAGCUGUAAGAAGGGAAUUUUGGCUGGUUGUAAUCGGAAAACGAGCAAUGAUGUUCUUCCCAAUUGUCACAGGUCGAUGUCCGAUCUUCCUGCAGCAUUGAUAUCUGAAAUUCUGGAUUGCCUUGGUCCAAAAGAUUUAGGUAUUGUCUCUUGUGUAUCGACUAAUCUCCACAGGCUCGCUUCAGAACACCAUGUUUGGAAGCAAUUCUAUUGUGAGAGGUGGGGUCUUCCGUCCAUUCCAGCACCCGCACCCAUUGAUUCCGGAAAUACCAAUGAGAAGUCGUGGAGGGAUUUGUUUGUGGAAAGAGAGUUUAGGAGUAGGACUUUUAUGGGGCGAUAUAAUAUUGAUGUUUUGUAUGGUCACACUGAAGCGGUUCGCACAGUUUUCCUUUUGGCUUCGGCUAAACUCAUAUUUACUUCAGGUUAUGAUUCAACUGUCCGAAUGUGGGACAUGGAAGAAGGAUUGUCUAUUGCAUCAUCACGAGCCCUUGGUUGUACUAUCCGGGCCAUUGCAGCAGAUACAAAACUAUUGGUAGCUGGUGGUACUGAUGGCUUUAUCCACUGUUGGAAGGCAGUGGAGGGUGUCCAACAUUUGUUUGAUAUAAGGGCUCCUCAGAACCAGAACACCCAGUUCCGACUUUGGGAGCACGAGGGACCCAUAACUUCUCUUGCUUUGGAUCUCACAAGGAUUUAUAGUGGAUCAUGGGACAUGACUGUUCGUAUAUGGGAUCGCUUUUCACGGAAGUGCUUAAACGUCUUAAGGCAUAGCGAUUGGGUUUGGGCACUUGUUCCUCAUGAUGCAACAGUUGCUAGCUCUUCUGGUUCAGAUGUGUAUGUUUGGAAUACUGUUAGUGGGGAUCUGAUGACAGUUGUUCGUAGUGCUCAUGUUGGUAAUGCAUACUCUCUGGCUCGAAGCCACACAGGCAAUUUCAUAUUUACUGGAGGAGAGGAUGGUGCCAUCCAUAUGUUUGAGGUAUCUGAUAAUUGCAUUGAGACUGAUGUUUUGAAAGUUGCAACAUGGAUUCCUCACUCAGGUACUGUGUAUUCACUGGCUUUUGAGUUUCCAUGGCUUGUCUCUGCUUCAAGUGAUGGAAAGUUGUCAUUGAUCGAUGUGCGAAAGUUGCUUAGGACUAGCAAAGGUGCUUCAAAGAGGAGUGUAGUCAAGCAAUUGGAUCAAAAGAGUGUAGUAAAACAGUUGGAUCAAUCUAGUGUAGAGCCCCCACAGAGAAUGUUACAUGGGUUUGGGAGCAAUCUAUUCUCAGUGGAUAUUGGUGCAGAUCGGAUUGUAUGUGGAGGUGAGGAAGGUGUGGUUAGGAUUUGGAACUUUACUCAAGCUUUAGAAAUUGAACGUAGAGUGCGUGCACUAAGAGGAAUACGGUUAGAAAACAGGAUGAGGCGGCGCAGGCAUCAGUUAGAGAUCAACAGUAAAGGUAGCUGCACUGAUCAAUGUUCAGUUGCAGCCAAGAAGAAUUCAGUUAAUGGCGAUAGGAAUAGUGUUAGGUACAGCAAACGUGGGAUGACCAACAAGCUUAAGGCCUAACAGCAGUGGCUAAUGUCUUCAUGUUAAGCAACGUAUGUUUUUUUUUAAUAUAUUUCAAAAGAAAAAAAAAUCUUUGGUACUUAUGCUUAGUACUAGUUUGCACUUCAUGCUUUUGCAGAUAACACAACUAAUCUAGAUUUGUUCAUUUUAUGCCAUAUAUUAAUAUAUGGCAUAAAUAAAGUUAUGUUGGCUUCAUUGAAUGA